AUGGGAGGGAUAGGCUACGGCGGGAUCAAGGCAAGGGCAGCCAUCAACCACCGGCCAUCGGCCCUCGGCCUUCAGCCUUCAACCCUCUAUCCACAGUCGUGGUUGCUGGUGCAGUCGCCGACCAUCUUGUCCAUGCAUCCCUCCCACGCCGCACGAUACUUGGCGGGCAAACCCUGGACGGCAGUCCUGUCUUUCGAAGCACCGCUACUACAAGCGUACGGCACUGUCGCGCGUGCAUCCCCGGCAUGCACGAUGCACAUCGUCGGAUGGUGGAGCAUUGUCGAUGGAGGCAGGGAGGAGGAUGGCGGCACGUUGUCGACGAUGGGAGGGGAAGGAACCUGA